AUGGAGCGAUGCGAUGGAGUUAUGUUUGCAGCACGCUACGACCCUGAAGAUGGGAAAAGGGAGAGUGUAAGUGAAGACACUGAAAGUGAAAGGGAGAGUGAAAGCGGAAGUGAAAGCGAAAGUGAAAGUGAAAAGGAAACGGAAAGUGAAAGUGAAAAGGAAACCGAAAGUGAAAGUGAAAGUGAGACUGGGAACACUGGAAAGACUGGAGAGACCAGGAAAUCAAUUGGACUUGAGUCUGUUUCUGAUUCCGAUUCCGAUUCUGGCUCUCAAUCUCGUUCCGACUCUGAUGUCGAAAUGAAAGAAGUUGAUGCUUCCAAUUCCAACAUAGUUUCCGACUCUUCCAAACACAAGUCAGUUCUAAAGAAGCUUCGAACUUCGCUUUCUGCCCAAAAAGCCGAAAACUCUACUUCCAAUUCAGAUUCUGACGAAUCUUCAGUUCCCACUCACGACCUCGCACCUCUUCCCCAACCUGCUCUUCCAAGAGAUCAAAGACUCACAGCCACCACAAAUCACAUUGGCAACUUGGACUGGCUCGCUACGCCUAUAUAUGCUUCCACAACUGAAACGGUUCCGUUUUCCAGCUUUGGGCUAUCUUCUUCAAUGGUGAAAAAUCUUCAGUCCAAUGGGUUUUCCAGUGCCUUUUCCGUCCAGGUUUCUGUCCUUAAAUUAUUACUUCCAGACAUGGAGUCCCAGGCGAUUCGACCGGAUAUCGGCGGAGACUUGCUAGUCAAUGCCGCAACCGGGUCCGGUAAAACCUUGGGCUACGCCAUACCUAUAAUCGAAAGUCUUAGAAACCGAAUUGUGCCCCGAGUUCGAGCCAUUGUCCUCGUUCCAACGAAACCGUUAAUCUCGCAGGUAAAAGCCACUUUUGCCAUGUUGAGCAAGAACACAAACCUCUCCGUGGUUAGCCUUCGUAGCGAUAUCUCCAUAAACGACGAAGCUCAACGACUUCAAGUCGUUCCUGAUAUAAUCGUUUCCACACCUGGUCGUUUGGUGGAACACUUGACCAAUGGCCAUAUCAACCUCAAGAGCUUGCGGUACCUUGUUAUAGACGAGGCAGAUCGUUUGUUGAACCAGUCGUUUCAAAACUGGUGUGAAACUUUGAUGUCGAGAAUCGAUUCCAACCCCAUUCUGGAACUCGACCAAACUUGGCGACCCUCUGUUCAAAAGCUUGUGUUUUCUGCUACCUUGACCACCGACGCUGGCCGUUUAUCCAUGCUCAAGCUCCAGCGGCCCAGGCUUAUCAUCGUCAACGACCGCCAUGAAUUGGUCAAUGAACUUUUCACGGUUCCUGCAACCCUCCAAGAAUACAAACUCUCCUUGGGUUCUGCGAGAUCGUCGGCAAAACCUCUUGUUCUUGCCAAGUUCUUGAUGAGCGAACAAAAACUUGUGAAUACAUUGGUGUUCGCCAAAUCCAAUGAGGCUUCGUUGAGAUUGUGCCGGUUGUUGCAGCUUCUUUUCAGAGUUUUUGGUCUUGAUGUGACAGUUUCCUACUUAAACUCCACCAACAACGCAGCUUCAACUCGUGCAAAGAUCUUGAAGGAUUUUGCAAAUCAAACGGUUCAUAUCUUGGUGGUGACAGACUUGAUCGCAAGAGGAAUUGAUAUUGCAACCAUUACAAAUGUGAUCAACUACGACUUGCCAAACUCCUCUCGAGACUACGUCCACCGUGUGGGACGUACCGCGCGUGCCAACCAGGACGGUGAAGCCUACACCAUGUGUUUUGGAAAGGGAGAAACCAAAUGGUUCACUCAGCUCGUUCGCGAAGUGUCGAGGCAGACCGAAGUCAAAGAUGUAGAAAAGGGAUUUAGAGAUUUGGUUUCCAGGGAAGAUGAAGCUAAAUACGAUACGUGCCUUGAGGAGUUGCAGAGGCAGGUUUUUGAGGGAGUGUAA